AUGACGGACUCGGCUGCACCCGAUGCGGCAGCGGCGGCGCCCAUCGAUUCCGAGCUGCAGCAGCCGGCAGCACAGCCUCAGCAGGAGCAGGGCGAUGAGGAACCUGGACAAGGUGGGUCUUAUCAUCCGGGAUCGGCGGCUCCUGCACUUUACAAGUGCAAGCUGCGUGUAUUCCUUGCACACGAGCUGAUGCCGACUCGGCCUGCUUUUUUUCCUCCGCCAUUGCUCUCUCGUCGGACCCCACCCGCUCCGUCAAUUGUUGUCCGUACCGAUCCCGUAACCACGGAUACGAUACAUCAAAACUAUAAAACUACUCAAACGCCCUCUGUUGCUCGACCUGCAGUCGAUGCGGAAGCGCAAGCACAACUGUUCGAAAUCACGCUCGUGAUCCCUUCGCAAUCGUUCAUUGCUCUACCCCGCUCGCAGGAGCGACAACCCAACAAGGACAACCACCUCGAGAUCCCCUUGUCGUCCCAACUCCAGGAUGCGGUGCUCGACCUGCGCAACGUCAUCACCGAAUCCCCGGAAGGCUUCUGGCUCGGCCAUUUCGGACUUAGACCGAUCGUCUCGUCUCGGAUCGCUGGAUCGCAGACCGAGUGGGGCCCUUGGGUCGAUCUGCCCGAGCCUAGCACCGAGCAGCAAGAACAGCAGCAGGCAAAACAGCAGGGAGGGGACGUAUUGGAAGUCACCGGGUGGAGAUUGAGCAACGAAGGCGUGCUCGGCGAGUAUGCCGACAUCGCCGCCGUCUUUGGCUCGGGAGAAGGCUACGAGAACCGACGACGAGGCCUCAAGGUCGUGCCGAGUGAGUUGACGCCGGAAGGCUUGGCCUCCCCAAUGCGAUUGUCCUGACGCCAACAUCGAUUGUUGCAAUCUGCUCCGGAACACCUGCAGCCCCCUACACGGCGCUGGCGAUAAACGCCCACUUGCUCCGCUUGCGCAACAUUCUCUUCUCCGAUCUGACCCAGCUUUCUUCGAACGCGUCGUACGACCCGACCUCCGUCGCCAUCGGUGCCGGUCAGACCAUCUACCGAGACGUCCGCGGGCAAGCACCCGACGACGUACUGGCCGCAGCGGCAGCAGCCUUCGUCCAUGCCGAGGACUCGCCCGAGGAGGACGGUCAGUCGGUGAAAAGUGCUCGAUGCAUAACGAAUCGCAGGACUGUAUGGCUGAUCACAUGCUGUUUACACGGUCACUUCAGGCAAGGGAAAGGGCAAGAAGGGCAAAUCGACCAAGAAGCAACCUGCAUCGACGGAAGUCAACGGAACCGCAGCCCCUGAUGCCACCACCCCCGCUGCCCCGAGCAAUUCGACAGCGCACGUCUUCACCGACUUCAAGCUCGAGGACCUUUCCGCCGCGGCUUUAAUCGAACACCUCCAGCCCGCCGCCUCGUCGACGCUGUCGAGCCCCUGCGUCCGCGCGCUCGGCAUCUCCCCGUGGUCACCUCCGCCCCACGCUCGCCGAUUACGUGGCGACCAUGUCUACAUCACCCUCACAACGCUCGAAGGAGAGUCAUACACCAUCACGGGUGCCGCCGCCGGAUUCUGGGUGUCCAAGAUCACGUCUGCCAACUUUGACCCUUCCCCACGCACCGUCCUGCCCAAGGGCGUCCGAUCGGGCGCGUACUACUCCCUUGUCGAGCUCCUCGCCGACCUCAGCCCGCUCUUCGCCAAGAACCUUGUCCCGCUCAUCCAGUCGCAGCAGCACCUCCACGGUACGACCGACAUCUAUGCGACGCUCGCGAUCACGCACCAAGCCCCGGCCGCAUCGUGGAUCGUGGCUACCCCUCAGCACGCCGCGGACCCGUUCCGCACCCAAUCGGCCUACCUCCUUACAACGUCGACGACGGCCGAGCAGCUGCCGCCUGCGCGCGAUUGGACCGAUGAGUUCGCUCACGUUAAGGAGAUUCCCAAGACGAGCGUGGCCGAACGCCUGAUGCGCGAACGAUUGACCGCUCGCACCCAGGCCGAUUUUGUCAGCUCCGCGACGAGGUGUGCGAUGUCGAUCGCGCGGGGAGACAUCCCCGCCCUGAACCCGAACGAAGCACCCGAGGCGCACACGUACGUACACAACAACAUGCUCUUCACUAAGGCCGAGGAUGCGAACCGCAUGUACAGCCACAUGGGCGACCAUGAGGCCGCUCGUUACGCCGCGGCCAAGGACGUCGCCGGCGUGCGCUGGCUCGAGCGCGCCGAUAUCGACGGCUUGAACUCGAUGGCGACCGUUUUGGUCGACUUUGCCGGCCAGCGGUGGAUCGUGCAAUCGCUACUCCCCGGUCUGUUUAAGGCCAAGGAGGAGGAGGAGCCCAAGCUCGUCGACGGCGAGGUUGAGCAUUUGACGACGUUCCCCGACGGUGAUGAUGCGGCGCGUAAGCAGGCCAAGGCCGCGCUCGAGGCCGACAAGCCGUUCCCGUCCGAGGCGACUCCGAACAAGGACGACUACCCUUCGUUCGGCCAGUUCCGCAUCGUCUACGGCUCGGCCAAUCCCGAGGUUCCCGACGAAAAGGUGCGCGCUUCGGCUUACUUUGACGGCCUCGCCCGCCAGGUCGCCGACAAGCUGCGCUUCGCCCGCCAUACCGUGCGAGAUGCUGCGGGCCAAGAGACUCAGCUCUACACCUCGACGGACAUGCACGGCAUCGCCUGCCCCGACGGUCGCUCGUACUUCAUAGAUUGCUUCCGGUUGCACUGCGUCGACGUCGAGUUCAUCGAGAAUGACGUCAACGGAUCCGUCUUUGGCCCCUCGAGCGAAGGUGGCGAUGACUCUGCGGCGGUCAAGGUCAACGGCGCGCAUGAACCUCGACCGUACCCUCAUCGUCUUGCCUUGUUGCGCAUGGAGUUGCUCGAAGCGUACCACGCGAUCAAGCUGCGUAGCUGGAUGGAGGAGCGCAUCGUCGAGAUUCGCGCCAAGAACAAAAAUAAGCUCGCGAACGGGACCGCCAAUGCCCCGGCGGAGGGUUCGAUCGAGUCUGAGCUCCAAGAAGCUGCCCAGGACCCCGCACCCAAGGUGGAAUCCAAGGAGGAACCCAAGGCGAAUGCGGAUGCGGUCGAAGAGAGGACCGCUGUCCCCGAGCCGUCGGCCAACACCGUCAUCGAUGCCGAGGACUUUUCGUUACGCUUCAACCCCGACGCCUUCGUCGAGCGCAAGCCGACCGCGAGCGGCGAGCCUUCUACGGUCAUCUACGACGCCGAGGAGCCAUCGUCCAAGGCCGUGCGCGACGCCUCGCUUUACCUGCGCGAGCAGGUCAUCCCGGGCUUCAUCGUAGACAUCGUUUCGGUCGGCAUGAUUGUCACCGACGGCUUCUUCUUGACCCGCCUGUUGCACCGCAAGGGUAUCAACUUGCGCUACCUCGGUAUGCUCGCGGACCGUAUCGACAAGGACACCAAGACGGUUGACUUUUCGGGCAAGAAGCACUCGCAAGAAGAGAUCGACAUUGCGCUCAAGACGCUCAAGCAGUCGGUCUUGCUCGAGAUGGUCGUCCGUGCGUCUAAGCACUUGCUCAACCGAUUGCUGCGCGCCGCCCACGAGUACGACUAUGCCCCCAUCGUCUCGCACUUCCUCAACUGCUUGCUCGGAGCCGCCGUUGAGCCCGCACCGACCGCCGAGAUCUUUGACCUUCCCCUGGGCGCGAACCUCGAGCGAUCGUGGACCCGACUCACGCCCGCGUCGCUGCGCUCCGAGCUCGUCGCCGAGAUCGAGUCGCGGUUCUGUUACCGAAUUCCGACGUCCUUCCUCGAAACCGAGCUCGUGCCGAACAAGGUCCUGCGCGAGAUCUGCCUGCGCGUUGGUGUCCAGCUCGUCGCCCGACAUUAUUCGUUCGAGGCUCCCACGAGCACCAGCACCAAGGAGGGCAAGGCCCCCACCACCACCAACGCCAGCGAGGCGAGCAAGGGUGGGAAGAAGAAGAAGAACGCUGCUGCCAAGUCCGCCACCCCGACGGAAGCGCCCGCGACGACGGUCUUCCGCAGCGACGACGUCCUCAACGUCUACCCCCUCGUGCGAUCGACACCGUUAAAGUCCCAACUCGCGGACGAGACUUUCGCCGUCGGUCAGCAGUCUUUGACUGAGACCCACAUCGAUCUCGGGACGGAGCAGCUCAUGGAAGCGCUGCAACUGUGUGAAACCGUAUGCGGAUCCGUCCACUCGGAGGUCUCGGCCAAGUACCACAACUUGGGCAUCCGUAAGUGUUCAUUCUUAGCGACCCUGAGAUACUUCGCGCCAAAGCCGGAAUGCUGACACGUUUCGUUGCACACUCCCACAGUCAACCACAGUCUCGCGCAAACAGUCAGCCGCCGCAUCCACUACCACGACCUCGCCGAAUCGCAGCUCAAGGAAGGCAAGCCCGAUGACGAGGCCCGCACGCGGUUGGAAUCACUCCUGAUCAGCGACAUUGACGGCGCGCGCCUCGAGCACGAUACGUUGGUCAACGCCGCGGUGCGCAUGAUUCGCCAGAGCAUCAUCAUCUGCGAGCGCACGAACGGCCUCGAUUCGACCGAGACAAUCCAGCAGUAUUCGGACCUCGGUCUGCUCGAGACGGCCUUGGGCAACCACUCGGUUGCGAUGCGAUUGACCAAGCACGCGAUGGUCCUGUGGGCCUUGACGUACGGGUCUAAUCAUCCCACUAUUUAUCAGCUCCUGGUCAGUUUCACAUUCACCUUUUGACGCAUCGGGGUUAACACGACUGUCUGCUGAUCUGAUGUUACUUGUGUCGACUGGCAGACGAAUGCCGUUCAAAUGGUCCAGCAGGAAGAGCAAGGCUUCCUGGCCGGGGUACCGCUCCUGAAGGAGCUCGGCAAGCUCGCCGAGAUCCUGUGGACGCGCGACUCGAUCAACUUUGCCACCGUUGAAUCAUCGCUUGCGCAAGCCUACGUCGGAGGUGGCGAUCUCGCGCAAUCCUUGGAACACAUGAAGGUCGCGCAGUCCAUCUACGCCAAACUGCUUCCCGCGGACGCCAAGGACCUGGUCGAAGCGACGCAGUUCGUCAACGUCCUGACGGAGCAGCUCAGCCAGGUCGGCGCCGAGCGACAGGCGCGCGAGGAACGACUCAAGAAGAAGUUCCCGCGCUUGAUGACGGAGAAGGAGCAACGCCAAAUGGUGGCCCAGGCGCGUGCAAGGCAAAUCGUAUCGGGCGGUGCAUCUACCGCAACGACCAAUGGCGCCUCGGUCAGUGCCACGCCGGCCGCGGCGUCGCGAUUGGCAGCGGAGAAGCCCGUCGAGGUGGCCGCUCCUCGAGCGCAUGGCCAAAAGGGCAUGUUGAGCGUCGACGAGCUCGUCAACUUCAUCCAAGGAUCGUCGUCGAACGGCACCUCGGCGUCGUCGAAGGCCUCUAGGAAACGCAAGACGUCGCCUCCCGGUGCCGCUGCGUCCGUAGAGAGCUGA